CAUGCCGGGCUCAAGUGGGCAGCCCGACGCGGGCGGGGCGGGAACCGGGACCACCGCCGGCGACCCUGGGCAUCCACACCCUGCACUCGCGGGAGCCGAGGAUGCCGCGCCCCGGCCGCCACCCGAGCCCGACGACUCGGCUGCUGCGCUGCGCCUGGCGCUGGACCAGCUGUCCGCGCUCGGGCUGGGGGGUGCGCGCCCCGGAGAUGAGGAGGGGACGGCGACGCGCGGCGCGGACGGGGCGGCGGAGCGCGGGGAGGACGGGCCCGCACCCCCCGACGAGCUCGAGACGGUCGUGUCGCCCCCGGUGACUGGUGAGCCCUCGAUGGGCGUGGGACCCUCGAUGACCGGUGCACACUCGAUGGUCCUGGCACCCUCGGUGACUGGUGCACCCUCGAUGGCCCUGGCACCGUCGGUGACCAGUGCACCCUCGAUGGCCGUUGGAUCCUCUGUGACCUGUGCGCCUUGCAUGGCUGUGGCACCCUCGGUGACCGUGGCACCUUCGAUGGCACUGACACCCUCGGUGACCGUAGCACCCUCAGUGACUGUGGGACACUCGGUGGCCCUGGCACCCACGAUGGCCGUGGCUUCCUCGGUAGCCCCUGGCGGGCUACCUCUUCUGGACCCCGACGUGAGCCCCCGGCCAUCUCCCCCAGACGUGUUCGCCAGCUUCGCGCCACACCCGGGCGCCCUGGGUCCCUCGACGCUGCUGGCUGAGCAGUUGAACGUGAUCGGCAGUCGCAAGAAGAGCGUGAACAUGACCGAGUGUGUGCCUGUGCCCAGCUCGGAGCAUGUCGCGGAGAUCGUGGGUCGUCAGGGGUGCAAGAUCAAGGCCUUGCGCGCCAAGACCAACACCUACAUCAAGACGCCAGUGCGCGGGGAGGAGCCGGUCUUCAUCGUGACGGGGCGCAAGGAGGAUGUGGAGAUGGCCAAGCGGGAGAUCCUGUCAGCCGCUGAGCACUUCUCGCUCAUCCGAGCCACGCGCAGCAAGGCAGGCGGGCUGUCGGGGGCCACCCCAGGUCCCCCCAACCUGCCCGGCCAGACCACCAUCCAGGUGCGAGUGCCCUACCGCGUGGUGGGGCUGGUGGUGGGGCCCAAGGGUGCCACCAUUAAACGGAUCCAGCAAAGGACGCACACGUACAUUGUGACCCCCGGUCGCGACAAGGAGCCAGUGUUUGCAGUGACCGGGAUGCCCGAGAACGUGGACCGAGCUCGGGAGGAGAUUGAGGCACACAUCACGCUGCGCACCGGCGCCUUCACGGAUGCGGGGCCCGACAGUGACUUCCACGCCAAUGGUACUGACGUGUGUCUGGACCUUCUGGGAGCUGCAGCCAGCCUCUGGGCCAAGGCACCUCACCCAGGACGGAGGCCCCCCGCUGCCACCAGCAGCCUGCGUGGGGACAGUGCUCUGGGCGCAGCCAGCACCCCCGAGCCCUUCUACGUGGGUAGCCGUGGAGGGCCGCCCCUGCCGGACCCGAGUCCCAGCAGCCCCUAUGGAGGCUCGGGCAAUGGGGGCUUCACGUUUGGUGGGGACGGGCCCGGAGCCCCCACGGGGACAGCCACCCCUGAAGAUUGUGACUUUGGUUUUGACUUCCUGGCGCUGGACCUGACUGUGCCUGCCACAGCUACUAUUUGGGCACCCUUCGAGCGAGCUGCGCCUCUGCCAGCCUUCAGCAGCUGCCCCGCGGUUAACGGAGCACCCGCGCAACCCAACACAGGCGCGCGGCGCAGCAGCAGCAGUGGGGCCACCACCACACCACGCCACUCGCCCACGCUGCCCGACCCCGGAGGACUCAGCCUGGAGCUGCCGCUGGCACGUCGAGGCGUCCCGGAUCCAGUAGGUGCUGUGCCGUGGCGACCCCCGCAGAGUGCUCUGCAACCCUUCUCGGGCAGCACCACCUUCUCCACGGCCCCCUCUCUGCCCAGCCCCGCCCCGGUGUCCUCCACCCUGGACGCCGGAGCCUCAGAGGGCAACCACAAGCCAUCUACCACAGCGGCCAACUCCUCCGCCUCCGCAGCAGCCCCGGGUCCACCCGCCGCAGCCUUGGCUCGCGAAUGUGUGGUGUGCGCAGAAGGCGAGGCCAUGGCCGCCUUGGUCCCCUGCGGCCACAACCUCUUCUGCAUGGAUUGUGCUGUCCGCAUCUGCGGGAAGAGUGAGCCCGAGUGCCCCGCCUGCCGCACGCCGGCCACCCAAGCCAUUCAUAUCUUUUCCUAGUGCACCCCUACUCGACGGGGGGGCCCUGGCUUCCCCGAGCGGGAGGGGGGAGAAGUAGGGAGGGAGAGGGGCCCACGCGUGUCACAAACAGCUUUAACUCCAGCAGCAGUCGCCGAGGCCAUUGGCUUGCGGCCCAGCAGCAGCGCCUCCGUUCUUGACCAGUGACAGUAUUGAGUGAGCCGGUGACAAUACAACCGGAGAAUCCUGUUUGCACUUUUUAAUUAAGACAUCCCUCCUUGUUUCCGGGGUGAUCUUAAAACAAAACAAAAAAAAUAACACGAUAUUUACAACUCUCACUGGAUUUAACAGUGUGGAUUCUUGUAGAAACUUCCAGAAAAAGGCAGGUGGCUUUUUCCCCCGACACACACUCCAUUUUUUUGGGGCAAAUAUAUACCAUUUUGUACGUCAGCCACGGGGUGGCCAGAGGAGGGUAAGGGGAGGGUAUCAAGGGGUGUCCCAUCAACAAAUUUGUAACUUUUGUUUUAUUGUGUUUUUUUUUGUUUUUUAAAUUAAGACUCAGUG